AUGAACAAUUUCUCUGAUUGGAUAAGGAGGUUUUGGCAGGUUUUGCCAGGUUUUGGCAAAGUUUACAAGGGAAUGUCGGGGAGGGGGGGGGGGGGGGUGGGUCAAGAAGUUGCUAUCAAGAGGCUAAGUAAGGAUUCUCAACAAGGAACAUAUGAAUUCAAGAAUGAAGUUAUUCUAAUUGCCAUAUUGCAGCAUAGAAACUUGGUUGUCAGUGGAAUAUGUAGAAGCUCCUAUAGUCAAACCAUGGGCUUCCCUAGUCUCACUGUCUAUUCAUGGGAUAUGUGGAUGGAAGGGAAGACAGAGGAUUUGUUGGACUCAACUAUCAUGGAUACUUGUUAA